UCAGGGCUGUGCAGGUAUAACCUGGGCUUGUGAUGCUGCUGACACUGCUGCCCGUCGCUCCCCUGUGGCUGUGAUGUCAGCGCCCUCGGCUCGGCCUCCCAGUAUCUGCUGGCGCCUCCUCCCCUCUUCCCUGUCAUGAUUCCACUGCUGCCAGUGCCUAGUACCAUGGACAGAGAGCCCUCCUCCGGCGCCCUGCACCUGGAAGCGUCUCCCUGCCCGUAGUCUCCUCCAGAAGGAUGUAAGAGCCCGAUCUGCUGACAGCUGAGAAGGACAUUGCACGGCUGGGCCCCAGGAUGCUGCUCCGGGGCCCUUCACCAUAGUUCACCCUGGUCAGAGCCCGGGAGAUCACACCCGCUGCCCUCUGUGUCCCGGACCAUGUGGGUUAAUCCGGAGGAAGUGCUGCUGGCGAACGCCCUGUGGAUCACCGAGAGGGCCAACCCUUACUUCAUACUGCAGAGGAGGAAGGGGCAUGGGACCAGGGGAGGAGGGGGGCUGGCAGGUUUGCUGGUUGGGACCCUGGAUGUUGUAUUGGAUUCCAGCGCCAGGGUAGCACCUUACCGCAUCCUUUAUCAGACCCCGGACUCCCUUACAUACUGGACCAUUGCUUGUGGAGGCUCUCGAAGGGAGGUAACUGAACAUUGGGAAUGGCUGGAGAUCAACCUGCUUCAGACGCUUUCCAUUUUUGAAAAUGAAAAUGACAUUACUACGUUUGUCAGAGGAAAAAUCCAGGGUAUCAUUGCAGAGUAUAAUAAAAUCAAUGGCGUAAAAGAUGAUGAUGAUACAGAUAAGUUUAAGGAAGCCAUAGUGAAGUUCCACAAGCUAUUUGGCAUGCCAGAAGAAGAGAAGUUGGUGAACUACUACUCAUGCAGUUACUGGAAGGGCAGAGUGCCCCGACAAGGAUGGAUGUACCUAAGCAUCAACCACCUCUGUUUCUACUCCUUCCUAUUAGGAAAAGAAGCCAAGCUGGUGAUCCGAUGGGUUGACAUAACACAACUGGAAAAGAUGGCUACCUUACUUCUCCCAGACAUGAUUAAAGUCAGCACUCGCUCUAGUGAAGAUUUCUUCUCUGUUUUUCUGAACAUCUCUGAGACUUUCAAAUUGAUGGAGCAGCUCGCCAACAUAGCUAUGAGGCAACUCCUGGAUAAUGAAGGGUUUGAGCAGGACCGAUCCCUUCCCAAAUUAAAAAAGAAAUCCCCCAAAAAAGUAUCUGCCUUAAAGAGAGAUUUAGAUGCUCGAGCCAAGAGUGAACGGUAUCGCGCUCUCUUCCGUCUUCCGAAGGAUGAAAAGUUGGAUGGACAUACAGCCUGCACUUUGUGGACCCCCUUCAGUAAACUGCAUAUUUUGGGGCAAAUGUUUGUUUCCACAAAUUACAUUUGCUUCACCAGUAAAGAAGAGAAUCUGUGCAGUCUGAUCAUCCCGCUGAGAGAGGUGACCAUUGUAGAGAAGGCUGACAGCUCCAGUGUCCUGCCCAGCCCGCUGUCUAUCAGCACCAAGAACAGAAUGACAUUUCUCUUUGCCAAUUUGAAGGACAGAGACUUUCUUGUGCAGAGAAUAUCGGAUUUCCUGCAGCAGACUACCUUGAAAAUGUACUUUGACAAGGAUAUUUCUGGAAGUGACAGCAGCAUAGAGGAGGAGGCUGACUCCAGGGCCACUGGUUUUGUUUCCUGCAGUCCUCAUCAAAGACAAAGAAUGGAAGCAGAUAGAGACCGCCACAUAAACCUAAAUGGAAACAGCGCUCCAACAGCAACACAAACUUUAAUGACCAUGUAUCGUAGGAGGUCCCCCGAGGAAUUCAACCCUAAAUUGGCCAAAGAGUUUCUUAAGGAGCAAGCUUGGAAGAUUCAUUUUGCAGAAUAUGGGCAAGGUAUCUGUAUGUACCGCACACAGAAAACAAGAGACCUGGUACUGAAAGGCAUCCCAGAGAGAAUGCGAGGAGAGCUGUGGCUGCUGUUCUCUGGGGCUAUUAAUGAGAUGGCGACACACCCAGGUUAUUAUGAGGAACUGGUUGAGAAAUCUAUGGGUCAAUACAACCUUGCCACAGAGGAGAUUGAAAGAGAUCUGCAUCGUUCCCUUCCCGAGCAUCCUGCAUUCCAAAAUGAAAUUGGAAUUUCUGCCUUGAGGAGAGUCCUCACUGCUUAUGCUUUUAGAAAUCCAAACAUUGGGUAUUGUCAGGCCAUGAAUAUCGUUACCUCAGUACUACUUUUGUAUGCCAAAGAGGAAGAAGCCUUCUGGUUGCUCGUGGCUCUCUGUGAACGUAUGCUUCCUGACUACUACAAUACCAGGGUUGUUGGAGCUCUUGUGGAUCAAGGAGUGUUUGAAGAGUUGGCCCACGAUUACGUGCCUCAGCUUUAUGACUGUAUGCAGGACUUGGGGGUGAUUUCCACCAUCUCGCUCUCUUGGUUUCUCACCCUUUUCCUCAGCGUCAUGCCCUUUGAAAGUGCUGUGGUGGUUGUGGAUUGUUUCUUCUAUGAAGGCAUCAAGGUCAUAUUUCAGCUUGCACUUGCUGUAUUGGAGGCCAAUGUCGACAAGCUCCUGAACUGUAAAGAUGAUGGGGAAGCUAUGACAGUACUUGGAAGGUAUCUAGAUAGCGUGAGUAACAAAGACAGCACGUUACCUCCAAUUCCUCAUUUGCAUUCCCUGCUCACUGAUGAUGUGGAGCCAUACCCGGAAGUGGACAUUUUUGCUCUCAUUGCCUCCUCUUAUCAGAAAUUUGGCUCUAUACGGGCAGAUCUGAUAGAACAAAUGAGGUUUAAGCAAAGGUUAAAAGUAAUACAGACCCUUGAGGACACCACAAAGCGAAAUGUGGUCCGCACUAUUGUGACUGACACAGCAUUUACUAUUGAUGAGCUGGAAGAGUUGUAUGCACUUUUCAAGGCUGAGCACCUGACCAGCUGCUACUGGGGAGGUACCAGCAGUUCUAUAGAACGCCAUGACCCAACCUUGCCCUAUCUUGAGCAGUACCGCAUAGACUUCCAGCAGUUCAAGAGCAUGUUUGUCCUACUGUUUCCAUGGGCAUGUGGUGCACACAUGGAUAUCAUGGCUUUCCGAGUCUUUCAGCUUCUGGAUGAAAAUGGCGAUGGUUUAAUAAACUUCCGGGAGUUCGUGUCGGGGUUAAGUGCAGCCUGCCAUGGUGACCUCACAGAAAAACUGAAGCUGUUGUACAGAAUGCACAUCUUGCCUGACCUGUCACCAGACCAAGAAGAACCAGAUUCUGCAUUUGAGGCCACACAAUACUUCUUUGAAGACAUCGCACCUGAGUGUAGUCAUGUUGCUUCAAUUGAGUUGAGAAGCAAGAAAAGGACAGAAGAAGGCUUUGUUGCAGUCAGUCUUAAACCAGCUAAAGUUCAAAAAACAAGUCAGGAUAACCGAAAUUACCUCCGGAUAUGGGCACAGGAAAACCGGCCUAAGGAAAAAGAUGCGAAAGAAUUACCCAAGUUAAACCAGGGGCAGUUUAUUGAGUUGUGUAAGACCAUGUACAAUAUGUUUAGCGAAGAUCCAAGAGAGCAAGAACUCUACCAUGCAACCGCAGCAGUUACCAGCUUACUGCUUGAGAUUGGUGAGGUGGGAAAACUUCUCUCUCUGCAGCCUCCAGAAGAAACUGCCAGCCACAGCAGCAAGGAAACUCCAAGGAUGGUCCAUGAAAAGAACCCUGUCCAAACAUACCAGUAUGAGCAAUCAGGAGCUUUUUCCACCAACUUUGUUACCAGUGACAAUACUGAAGAAAUCCACUCUGAUCAAAUGGAGGAGGUCAAGCUUGAGGACUCUUCUCCUAGAGACAAUGGGGCCUGCUCAUCUAUGCUCAUAUCAGAUGAUGAGACAAAAGACGAUGGCUCCAUGUCUUCUUACUCUGUGCUGAGUGCUGGGUCACAUGAAGACGAUAAACUACAAUGUGAGGAUAUUGGUGAUGACACCAUCCUUGUACGGAGUCACCACCAAGCUUCUUUGCCUGUCAGUACUAGUCUAGACCAAGACUGGGCUGUUACAUUUGAGCAGUUCCUUGCUUCUCUCUUGACAGAGCCAGCGCUUGUCAGAUACUUUGAAAAACCAGUGUCCAUAUUGGCUAGAAUAACUAACGCUAAAAAUGUCAGAAUGAUGGGGAAAGCAUUCCCUUCUACAAGUGACUAUGACAUUGCUAUUGUUUCUGGGUGAGGAACACUAAGGUACAGUAGAUGUAAAUAAUGGCUAAAACCGUUCAUUCCUAAUAGGAGAGCAAAAUCUGUUUUAAAGGGGUUGCACAGGAUCUUCUGCCUGAUCGAACAUUGAGAGUGGAGAGAUGCAACUGCACACUGGAAAGCACAGUUGCUGAGGCAAAAGUCACAAUACUUGCGGGGCAAGGAACGGUUGAUUUAGUACUGGUCCCAAUCGACGUACAGUUGUCUGCCCCAGAUGUCACAUUGGGUAGGAGAGUAUGCCUGCACAACCCUUUUAAAAAUUUUAGUCCAAAAAUGCACAAUUUACAAAUAACCAUCAAAGGAUGAUAUCGAUUUUAACCCAACAUUUUCCUUCAGAUUUAGUCCUUAUAUAGGCAUGAGUACAAAUUAUUUUAAAUAACAAUUUAGGGAUUUUAGACUACAUAAGUGCAUAUUAACCUUACCGGAAAAUAUUAACUUUAUGAUGCGUCCGAUAGGACAAGAGUGUAUUGUACUGUAGAUAAAAAAAAAUAUGGUAAAAUGCCACAAUAUUGAGUGAAAUACUGCAUCCGUAUUCCUGUAAAUAAGUUAUAUGAACUUGCAUAUAUAUUCAGUCAAUGGGAAUGCAUUGUCACUUCAGUGUCCCAGCCCCCCCAACUUGUUUUUGCUGUUCUUUGAGCACCUGUACUUUGAUUCCUGCUUCUUUAUAAGUUCAAUUUCUAGUUUUUAUUUUCUAUUUUAUCAAUAUGUUAUUUAUAUGCAAUUUAUUUGCUCUCCUCUAGUUAAUACAAUUUUUCAUGCAGAAUUGUAUCUGGUCUAAUGACCAUACAUAAGAAAAAUACUGUAAUUCGGUGCUGGAUCCCUGAGGUGAAGGUUGUUUUGUUGAAGGAUGUGAAGUGCACAAAGUUUCC